ACAAACAAAAUAUUUUUUUUAAAACCACCCUUCCUUGUUUCCCUUCUUUGGAGUCUCCUCCAUACUGCAUCAAAUUCAAAAUCCAAAACAGAAAACCCAAUAAUCAUGAUUUAAUCACAACUGCAUCCUUACAUUGUCGACCUGUAACAGUUUGGAGGUGAAUUAUGGCAAUUAAAGGGAACACAGGGGAGCUGAAAAAGAGGAGCUCGGUGUCUAUUUUUCUAGCGAUUGGCUUAUGUUGUUUCUUCUACAUACUGGGUGCGUGGCAGCGUAGCGGUUUCGGCAAGGGUGACAAAAUAGCCUCAGCUAUCACCAAACAAACCGAUUGUGGUGUCCUUCUAAACCUUAACUAUGAGACUCAUCAUGGUGAUGAUGUUGUGAUGGCUGAUGGUUCAGAAAGAAAAACCAAGGAGUUCCCAACAUGUGAAGAGAAGUACAUCGAUUACACACCCUGUCAUGAUCAAAUGAGGGCGAUGGCAUUCCCUCGGGACAAUAUGAUGUACAGGGAACGACAUUGCCCAACGGAAGAAGAGAAUCUGCAGUGUCUUAUUCCGGCACCCAAAGGUUAUGCAACUCCAUUUCCAUGGCCAAAGAGUAGGGAUUAUGUUCCCUUUGCGAACGCCCCUUAUAAGAGCUUGACAGUUGAGAAAGCUGUACAGAACUGGAUUCAGUAUGAGGGGAAUGUGUUUAGGUUCCCUGGUGGAGGCACUCAGUUUCCACAGGGGGCCGAUACGUAUAUCAAUCAGCUUGCAUCUGUGAUUCCGAUGGACAAUGGCAUGGUCAGAACGGCACUAGAUACCGGUUGUGGGGUUGCUAGCCUCGGCGCGUAUCUAUUAAAAAGGAAUGUUAUAACAAUGUCAUUUGCUCCAAGAGAUUCUCAUGAAGCACAAAUUCAAUUUGCUCUGGAAAGAGGUGUGCCGGCUUUUAUCGGAGUGCUCGGAACAAUAAAGAUGCCAUUUCCUUCAAGAGCGUUUGACAUGGCUCACUGUUCUCGUUGUUUGAUUCCGUGGGGUGCAAAUGAUGGAAUGUACAUGAUGGAAGUCGAUCGAGUUCUUAGACCUGGUGGUUAUUGGGUUCUUUCUGGUCCUCCCAUCAACUGGAGAAUGCAUUACCAAGCAUGGAAGCUCCAUAAGGAAGAACUUGAAGAGGAACUAAGGAAAAUCGAAGAGAUUGCAAAACUCCUUUGCUGGGAAAAGGAGCAUGAGAUAGGCGACAUUGCUGUUUGGAGGAAAAGAAAAAAUUACGAUUCAUGCCGCCAGCAAGAUAAACCGACUCUGUGUGAAUCAAGCUAUGCAGAUGAUGUUUGGUACAAGAAAAUGGAAGCAUGCGCAACUCCUUAUCCUGAGCAAACCGAGAAAGAUGGAGUUGCUGGUGGGGAAUGGAAGCCAUAUCCGGAUAGGCUUAAUGCCAUCCCUUUCAGAAUAUCUUCUGGAUCUGUUGCUGGAGUAUCUGUUGAUAUGUAUCAAAAGGAUAUUCGAAUAUGGGAGAAGCAUGUGAAAGCAUAUAAGAGUAUCAACAAUCUCAUCGACUCAGGAAGGUUUCGCAACAUCAUGGACAUGAAUGCUGGUCUAGGAAGUUUUGCUGCUGCUCUUGAAUCCCCCAAAUUGUGGGUCAUGAAUGUUAUGCCUACAAUAGCUGAGAAAUACACACUGGGGAUUAUUUAUGAACGUGGCUUGAUCGGCAUUUAUCACGACUGGUGUGAAGCUUUCUCUACGUAUCCUAGGACAUACGACCUCAUUCAUGCGAACGGUAUCUUCAGUCUGUAUUUGAAUAAAUGUAAAGCUGAAGACAUUCUUCUGGAGAUGGAUCGAAUUUUACGGCCUGAAGGGUCUGUCAUAAUUCGUGAUCAAGUUAACGUGUUAAUCAAGGUAAAGAAAAUUGUGGGAGGAAUGAGAUGGAAGACGAGAAUGGUGGAUCAUGAAGAUGGUCCUCUUGUAUCUGAAAAGGUACUAUUUGCAGUCAAAAAAUACUGGGUUGUCGGAGAUAAUAACGCAACAAAUAACAAGAAAAAUGUUGUUCGAAAUUAAUCUUAUCUCGAAAUGUAUCUAUUUUUCAUCAACACAAGAAACUGAUGAACAUCACCUA